AUGGAUCGUUUCACGAUAGCCGGAUUACUUGGUAGAAUCCAGGACUACUUCUUUUUGAACGAUAAGGAAUCAGGGAUGCUACAAACAAUUUUCAUCGUUUUCUUCAUGUUAUUUGCUCCGAUAUGUGGAUAUUUUGGUGAUCGAUAUAAUCGAAAGUUUAUUAUCAUAGCUGGUCUUAUAGUGUGGAUAAGCGGCGUAAUGCUGUCCACAUUUGUGGGACGUGAGCACUUUUAUGUGUUUUUAUUUCUACGAGGAGUUGUUGGUAUUGGUGAAGCGACAUAUUCAACCGUAGCUCCUACGAUAAUCGGUGAUAUCUUUUAUGGUCCAAUGCGAAGUAUUGCGCUGAUGGUGUUUUAUUUUGCUAUACCUGUCGGAAGCGGUCUAGGAUUCAUUGGUGGCUCAUCUAUCGCUCUGUGGACUGGCAGCUGGCAAUGGGGUGUAAGGUUCACCCCUAUAAUCGGUGUGUGCUUCCUUAUUCUGAUUAUUUUUGGACUCGAGGAGCCAAUGAGAGGACAGGCUGAGCACGCUCAGAUUGAGCCGAGCACGCUAAAGCAGGAUCUAAAGUACCUACUCAGUGUGCGAACAUAUAUUCUGACCACUUUUGGAUUCACAAGCGUAGUGUUUUGUGUUGGAGCUGCAAGCUGGUGGACACCACAGUUGAUGACUUUUGCAUACGGUAUUCAACACGGUAUAGAUGACGUUCCAAAGGAUGAAGUGGCACACCUUUCUGUGAUAUUCGGCGUGAUCACAUGUUGUGCUGGGAUCGUCGGUAUCAUUGCUGGCUCUACAAUAGCUCAGGCAUGGCGAGAAGGAAACUGGUGUUUUCGACCUUCCCACCGUGCUGAUGCAUUUGUCUGUGCAGCUGGAUCCUUCCUCGCAGCUCCAUUACUAUUUAUUGCUCUGAUUGUGGCGAGCCAAUCUCUCAAUUAUGCUUGGGUACUACUAUUUUUGGGAGUUACUUGCAUGUGCCUGAACUGGGCUCUAAAUAUGGAUAUGCUUAUGCAUGUGAUCGUCACUCAUCGCCGCGCUUCUGCCACGGCAAUGCAGACGUUGAUAGGGCAUUUAUUUGGAGAUGCGUCAUCGCCGUACAUCGUCGGUUUCAUUUCGGAUGCUGUACGAGAUGGCCAAACUUCUUCGCUAGCCAAGUACCAUGCCUUGCAAUAUGCAAUGUUCUUUCCGAAUGCUGUCUUGAUUUUGAGUAUUGGGUGUUAUCUAUGGGCUACUUUUUACAUUGUUGAUGACCAUCAUCGGGCUAAAGUAGAGAUGCACGAUGGCCAAACUUCUUCGCUAGCCAAGUACCAUGCCUUGCAAUAUGCAAUGUUCUUUCCGAAUGCUGUCUUGAUUUUGAGUAUUGGGUGUUAUCUAUGGGCUACUUUUUACAUUGUUGAUGACCAUCAUCGGGCUAAAGUAGAGAUGCACGACUGCUAUGAUUCGGAACUGCAUCUGGAGAAGGUUCUGACGCAUCUGUCAUUCAUUCGAAUUAACAUCGAUAGUAUAUUACUCCCAGAAUCAAACACAUUCAUUGAACGACUGUAUAAUGAAGGAUCACUCUAUGGAAGAGUCGUGCUUCUGCAAAUGAAUCCUGAAAUAAUUCCUUUUUGGAAUCGGCACCACCUUGUCUUACGUCUACAUGUUCAGCUUAACACCCGCGGAAAGUUUUCGACACGAUUGCUCGGUCAUUGUGUUGUUCCACUUGCUGAGCUUCUCAUUCCACCAUUCAUGAUCUGUCGAGAUUUUAAUUUUAUCCCCACCAAAGGCAUGACAUUCGAGGGCACUUCGCUGAUACGCAUCGAUUUGGGAAGUCGUGAAAAGAAGUUGAGCGAAAAAUUGAGUGAACUUAGAGCAAUCCCAUAUUGGAGUCAUGUAUGUGCGUUGACGCGUGUCAGCACCGAACGUGAUCCUGGAGAGCGUAAUCGUCCAAGGGGCGCUUCGCUAGAUCGUGCUCUGUAUCCGGCCAAUGAAAACAGACCGCCUCCUCGUGAUGUGCCUAUUCAGCCUCCCGUUGCUAAUUACGCUAGAGGUGACAGACAUCCACAGCGCAGUCUUGCUCCGCAGUACGUUCCAAAGCCGGGCCCAGUGCCAUUUCGUGAAAGAGUUCCUUCGAAUCUCACUGACUUAUCUGACUCGGUAUUCGAAGAGCAGUGCGUUCGUUGUGGGGUCCCUCGCCCAGCGAGUUCGGGCUCUGACCCUAGGCGUGCAUACGCUUUGGAUUCUCGUCGCGAAUUUCGCCCAGCAGCUUUUUAUUUACGCUCUAGCACAUCCUCAAGCUCGUCAAAGAAAGAGAGAACGAAGAAAGUCCUCAAAGCAAAUGCCUCAUUCAACUCACUGUUCAUGAAGCUCGCGGACUUCCACCUGUACGGGAUGAAAGACACUUGGUUUUGUUCGGCUAACCCACUGCCAAUUGAAGAAGCGCAUCGUGUUGAUUACGAGAUGGUGGAUUUGACUGGAACAGCGAGCCUAAAUAACGAGGUUCCUAUAAUAACUGUAGGUUUUAAGAUCAAACAU